AUGCCCAGCAAACACCAAGCUACAUACGAAGUUUUCUUCCAGUCAUAUAUGAAAAACAACCUAGGUUGUCUGGACGUUACUGGUUCUAUUAAUGACACUUUGACAGAAAAUUGCAGUCGACACAUCGCAAGCAAUACGCUUGAUUCAACAACAGAGGAAGGCAAUAAACAACAAUGGACAGUAAAAGGUACAAAAUUAUUAUUAGAAUUGUACAAGGAGAGAAAAGAAAAGUUCCGUGAUCCCAAAACAAAAAAAAGAAACCUGUGGACAGAGAUCGUAAAUGAAAUGGGCAAAAAUGGUUAUAAGCAUUUGACUGAAGAUAUACUGGACCGAAAGUUGCGCAAUCUGAAAAAAACUUUCAGAACAAUAAAGGAUAACAACCGGAAAAGUUCAACGGGACAAGGACGAAUAACAUGGGAAUAUUAUGACAUCUUUGAAGAAAUAUUCUCUGAUGAUCGGACAAUAAAUUUUGGACCGACAAUUUCUUCUUUAGAUUCUGCUACAACUGCAAUACAGUCAUCAUUUGAUGCGUCAACAAUUUUGUCUCCUACAUCGACAUCCACUGCAUCUUCUUUGAUGAGGUUAGUUGCUUCUUCAGCAUCAACAAGACCGCCAACUCUUAGACCGCCCGUAAGAACACCAUCUCCCGCAUCGACAAGGUAUGUGUGUCAUACACAACUGACAAGGAUAUCCACGCCACCAGCACACACGAGGAUUUUCAUGCAUACUUCAGAUUUCUUCGAUUCAACGUUCGAAGGGGAUUCGUUUUUCGAAGAAAAUAUUACGAACUCUUACUCUUCUUCUCAUUCUUCUUCUUCUUGCUCUUCUUUUUCUAGUGUAGCAGCAGAACGUUCCUUUAGCGAAUCUGAAUCUGUUCUUGGAUCUGUUCCAAAUUCUUCAGAAUGUACUACUCCAUCAACUCAGCGACAACAGAGGAAAAUGGCUUCAAGGAAAGAGACUUAUGAUCUGCGAAAGAAACUGCUUUUGGUGGAACAAGAGCGAGUUGAAAUAAUGACCGAAUUGAAAAAGAGCAUCGACGACAACAACAAAAUUCAACAGGAGAGAAAUGAUCUUUUAAAGAAAGUACUAGAAAAAAUGUAA